CUUGCUUCAGACCUACCCUAUUGCAUUGAUCUGGCAACUCUAUCGUACACAUCUCAGUUUGAAAUUCACAACGGUUAAGAACGCGUUUGCCUGUGACUGACAAAAUUCUUGCCAUAUGAGAAAAAUACGAGUGUUGCCAUAUGCGCAAAAUACGAGAUUGACAACUCUAUUUUGCACAAACACACACGCAUCAAUCAAACGCCAAACGAGUGUAUUAAUGUGCGAUUAAUUUAAUACAUUUAGUUAAGUAAACAUUGUGAGAGUGGGAAAUCGUACUUACUGCCAGCUGACUGAGAAUGGAGGCACUAAUUCCAGUUAUUAACAAAUUACAAGAUGUAUUCAACACUGUCGGUUCUGACUCAAUACAAUUACCGCAAAUUGUUGUACUCGGCAGUCAGAGUUCGGGCAAAAGUUCCGUCAUCGAAAGUGUUGUUGGGCGUUCGUUUCUGCCACGAGGUACAGGCAUUGUUACACGCCGCCCCCUUAUACUGCAGUUGAUCUACUCGCCUUUGGAUGAUCGUGAACAUCGCUCUGCUGAAAAUGGCACCAUUAAUGCUGAGGAAUGGGGCAAGUUUUUGCACACAAAGAAAUGCUUUACGGACUUUAAUGAAAUUCGUCUGGAGAUUGAGAAUGAGACGGAACGUGCGGCGGGCAACAAUAAGGGCAUUUGCCCGGAGCCCAUUAAUUUGAAAAUAUUCUCAACGCGGGUGGUCAAUUUAACGCUGGUCGAUCUGCCCGGCAUUACAAAAGUACCCGUGGGCGAUCAACCUGAGGAUAUUGAAGCCCAAAUCAAAGACUUGGUGGUUAAAUAUAUUGAGAAUCCAAACUCAAUUAUCCUGGCUGUAACUGCUGCCAAUACUGACAUGGCUACUAGCGAGGCGCUCAAGCUGGCCAAGAAUGUGGAUCCCGAUGGCAGGCGCACGCUAGCUGUAGUCACUAAACUAGAUCUCAUGGAUGCCGGCACUGAUGCCAUUGAUAUACUCUGUGGACGAGUCAUACCCGUCAAGCUGGGCAUUAUUGGUGUCAUGAAUCGUUCGCAGCAGGACAUUAUUGACAAAAAGGCCAUUGAUGAGCAAAUGAAAGACGAGGCGGCAUUUUUACAACGCAAAUAUCCAACGCUAGCCACACGCAAUGGCACACCCUAUUUGGCCAAAACGCUGAAUCGACUGCUGAUGCAUCACAUACGCGACUGUUUGCCUGAUUUAAAAACACGCGUUAAUAUCAUGUCUACGCAAUUUCAAUCCUUGCUUAACUCUUAUGGAGAGGACGUAUCAGACAAAAGCCAAACUCUGCUGCACAUUAUUACAAAAUUCUCAAGUGCUUAUUGCUCCACCAUAGAAGGCACUGCACGCAAUAUUGAGACAACAGAGUUGUGUGGUGGCGCACGUCUUUGUUACAUAUUCCAUGAGAUCUUUGGACGCACACUCGACUCAAUUCAUCCGCUGGCUGGUUUGACCAAAAUGGACAUACUCACCGCCAUACGAAAUGCAACGGGACCAAGGCCGGCGCUUUUUGUGCCAGAGGUCUCGUUUGAGCUGUUAGUUAAGCGUCAAAUACGUCGCCUGGAGGAACCUUCAUUGCGUUGCGUGGAGCUUAUACACGAAGAAAUGCAGCGCAUUGUGCAACACUGCGGCAACGAAGUACAACAGGAGAUGCUGCGUUUCCCAAAGCUUCAUGAGAAAAUUGUGGAUGUAGUAACUCAACUGCUGCGUUGUCGUUUGCCAGCUACCAAUGUCAUGGUGGAGAAUAUUGUGGCCAUCGAACUGGCUUAUAUAAAUACAAAGCAUCCUGAUUUCCACAAGGAAGCCGCCUUGGUGCCCAGUCUACUCAAGACAGACAAUGACUAUUCACAGUCGCGGCGUGCAAAUACGCCUAGGAAUACCAUGUCGCCACAAGUCUCAUCUCACAAUGCAGUGGCACAGAAUCAACAACAACAACAGCAGCAGCAGCAACAACAACAACAGCAACAAAAUGAUGUCAAUGAGCAGAUGUUAAGAAGAAACUUAAAUUUUUAUGGGCUGCUUUCUACAGUGAACCACAAUGGUGAGAACACUGGCUCCUGGCUCUCCAACAUAUUACCACCAGCGCCCAAUAGCGUAGAUAACUCGGCCAGCAAUACACCGGUGCAUAAUAAUGUGGUCAGUCCACUGAAGCCCGUCAAUCUGCUACCAGAUGUGCCGGCUAUGCACAAUCCACGACGCCUCACCGAUAAGGAACAAAAGGAUUGCGAUGUUAUUGAGCGUUUGAUCAAAUCAUAUUUUUAUAUUGUGCGCAAAUCCAUACAAGACUCUGUUCCAAAGGCAAUAAUGCAUUUCUUGGUUAACUACGUUAAGGAUAACUUGCAAAGCGAGCUGGUGACACAUCUGUAUAAAUCGGACAAGGCUGAGACGCUCCUAAACGAAUCCGAUCAUAUUGCAGUACGCCGAAAAGAGGCGGCAGACAUGUUAAAGGCGCUCACACGCGCGAAUCAUAUUAUCAGCGAGAUACGCGAGACACACAUGUGGUAGAGUGUUUAGGCCGGAGGACAACGCCUACACUUUGAUAUUGGAGCCUGUUUCGACUUAAUAGCACGCAACAUAUUAGACACUAUUUAUUAAAAAACAAAAAUCCUCACAUAUUACGAAAGGCAAACAAAUACUUGGCUUUGUUGAAUGUUUCCCAAAUUAAAUCAUAUAGGCGCAUUAAAUUAAGACAACAAAAUUCUUGCAUGCAGGCUAAACCCGCAAACACACAUAUAAUUUUAGGAUUAUGUAUUUUUAGAAACAAUUUUUGUUGAAGCGUUGAUAUCAAUUUCAUUUUCAGAUAGCAUUUUUCAUUUGACCAUUUAUGUUAUGUAUAUGUGAUGAUGACUUAGUUGUCAUCGUGAUUGGUUUGCUUUCAGAUUUAUUCAAGCACUAAUUACAUUUUUGAAUAGUCAUGUA